AUGAGUUGCCAGACGCCUUCAUCGUCUAUUUUCUCCCCGUCCUCUCUUUCCUCUGCAAUUAUCGCUCCCUCCUCUUUCGUCCGUUCAUCACUACCCCGUUCCUCUCCCCUUCCGCGUCAACUCAAUUCUCACCUUACCUCGUCCGCGGGCCGUUCCCAUGCUGCUGUCUCCGUGCUUCACGGCGCGUUUGACGGCCUGCACCGUCAGAAGCUCCCCAGCAACCGCUCCUCCUCCUCUCUUUCUCACUCCGCGGCCUUCCACGAAGCUGCGGACCGUCAUAUUCAGGCUCCAUCUCUCCCUGCGAGCGCCGCCGCCGACGCCGCUACUUGUGGCCGGCGUGCGGUGGUGACAGCGGUCUUCGAGCGUUUCACGGAGCGGGCGAUUAAAGCCGUGAUGAUGGCUCAAGCGGAAGCUAAGGUGCUCGGGCGAAAAGAGGUCGCGACGGAGCAGCUUCUAUUGGGUCUAAUCGCGGAGGAUUUCGCGAGCGGCGGGAAACCCGGCGGGUAUCUCGGCUUGGGGAUGACUAUCCGCAGCGCGCGGGGCGCCGUCGGCGAAUUGAUUCGAGACGGCCGGCUGCCAGUCGCGGGGGGUCUGCCGGCCGGCAAGCCGGCGUCGGAAGUGCCGUUUUCGAGCGGCAGCAAGCGGGUGUUUGAGAAGGCGCUGGAAGAAUCGCGGAAGCAUCGUCACAACUUUAUCGCACCGGAACAUCUGGCAGUCGCGCUGGUGCAAGUGGAACAGGAAGGAGCGGCGCUGGUGAUUGCGAGCCUGGGCGUGCAGCAGCACCGUCUGCAGGAGGCAGCGUUGGCGCGCCUCAAGGGCGAGCUGGACCGGGAUGGGCGCUCCUCGGAAUCGAUCACCAACCCCUCCUCACGGCCCGCCACCAGCCCCACCAGUCCUACUAGCAGCAAGGGUCCCAGUUCGCCAGUGCGCAAGGGACGUGGGAAGAAAGCAGAGCAGCAGAGCGCGUUGGAGAAGUUCUGCACGGAUUUAACAGCCAUGGCAGUGCAGGGGGAGAUCGACCCCGUGAUUGGCCGAGAGGCGGAGGUCGCGAGGGUGGUGCAGAUCCUUGCUCGUCGCACCAAGAACAACCCUCUGCUGCUGGGCGAGCCGGGAGUGGGCAAGACGGCCAUAGCAGAGGGGCUGGCGCUGAGGAUUGCUGAGAACGAUGUGCCAUCAUUUUUGCAAGGCAAGCGCCUCUUGUCUCUGGACAUGGGGAGGGUGAUGGCAGGAGCAAAGGAGAGGGGGGAGUUAGAGCUGAGAGUGACCACUUUGGUGGCAGAGGCGGUGGCAUCAGCAGGGGAGGUGGUGCUGGUGAUAGAUGAGGUGCAUACGAUGGUGGGCGCAGGGGCCGUGGGGAGGGGGCGAGAUGGUGGGGGUUCGGGACUGGAUAUUUCGAAUCUGCUCAAGCCUGCCUUAUCACGCGGUCAGAUUCAGUGCAUCGCCACCACCACCACCAAUGAGUUCCGCAAGCACCUCGAGAAGGACAAGGCAUUGGCUCGGCGGUUUCAGCCGGUGACGGUGGACGAGCCUUCAGAGAAGGACGAGGCUCUGGCGGCGCUUUCAGCCAGUGACAGUGGACGAGCCCUCAGAGAUUUCGCCCCGGCAGCAGCUGUGAUCCUCUCUGCUCGCUUCAUUCCCGACCGCUGCCUCCCUAACAAGGCCGAAGCCGCCUUGGACAUCUUGCAGGGCCUGCGCCACCUGUAUGAAGCACACCACAAGUGCACUCUCAGUGACUCCGCUCUGGCAGCAGCAGUCACCCUCUCUGCUCGCUUCAUCCCCGAUCGCUGCCUGCCCUACAAGGCCAUUGACCUGAUAGACGAGGCGGCGAGGCUUCAACUCACAGUACCAGCCCCGUCCCUUCGCCCCCCCUCUUCCCUCCCCCCUCAUUCCUCACAGGAAGCCGCUCUGGCGAUUCUAUACGGGCUAAGGCACCUGUACGAGGCCCACCACAAGUGCACUCUCACGGACGAUGCUUUAGCAGCAGCCGUCACCCUCUCUGCUCGCUUCAUCCCCGACCGCUGCCUGCCCGACAAGGCAAUUGACCUGAUAGACGUCGCGGCCAGGAGGAGCGUGACUCACAGUACCACCUCUUGUGCCUUCUGUACCUUCCCUCUCUGCCCGCCUACCCCCUUUCAGGAAGCUGCCUUAGAAAUCCUACACGGUCUGAGGCACCUAUAUGAGGCUCACCACAAGUGUGUUCUCUCCGACUCCGCUCUGGCAGCAGCCGUCACCCUCUCUGCUCGCUUCAUCCCCGACCGCUGCCUGCCUGACAAGGCAAUUGACCUGAUAGACGAGGCGGCUAGUAGGAGCAGGGCCCAUGCACGCCAGAAUCCCUUCACCUCGCUCACCUCAUUCCUCUCCCAAGACCACGUUCCUGCCGACACUACAACUGCUGCUGACGCCGCCGCUGCUGCUGGUCGUUCCAAAAGUGGCAUCACUGGCAGUGACAAGGAGGAGGGCCCCACGCGGAUCACAGCAGAGCACAUAGCAGCAGUGGCCGCCCACUGGACUGGCAUCUCCCUGCAGCAGCUCUCCCACUCGGAUCAGCAGCACCUGGCAGGCCUGGAAGAGGCGCUAGAGGCUACAGAAGCACGGAAUGACAUUUCCCCUUCCUUCUGCUGCUCUUUCCCUGCCUUGAUCCCCACGCGGAUCACAGCAGAGCACAUAGCAGCAGUGGCCGCCCACUGGACUGGCAUCUCCCUGCAGCAGCUCUCCCACUCGGAUCAGCAGCACCUGGCAGGCCUGGAAGAGGCGCUAGAGGCUACAGAAGCACGGAAUGACAUUUCCCCUUCCUUCUGCUGCUCUUUCCCUGCCUUGAUCCCCACGCGGAUCACAGCAGAGCACAUAGCAGCAGUGGCCGCCCACUGGACUGGCAUCUCCCUGCAGCAGCUCUCCCACUCGGAUCAGCAGCACCUGGCAGGCCUGGAAGAGGCGCUAGAGGCUACAGAAGCACGGAAUGACAUUUCCCCUUCCUUCUGCUGCUCUUUCCCUGCCUUGAUCCCCACGCGGAUCACAGCAGAGCACAUAGCAGCAGUGGCCGCCCACUGGACUGGCAUCUCCCUGCAGCAGCUCUCCCACUCGGAUCAGCAGCACCUGGCAGGCCUGGAAGAGGCGCUAGAGGCUACAGAAGCACGGAAUGACAUUUCCCCUUCCUUCUGCUGCUCUUUCCCUGCCUUGAUCCCCACGCGGAUCACAGCAGAGCACAUAGCAGCAGUGGCCGCCCACUGGACUGGCAUCUCCCUGCAGCAGCUCUCCCACUCGGAUCAGCAGCACCUGGCAGGCCUGGAAGAGGCGCUAGAGGCUACAGAAGCACGGAAUGACAUUUCCCCUUCCUUCUGCUGCUCUUUCCCUGCCUUGAUCCCCACGCGGAUCACAGCAGAGCACAUAGCAGCAGUGGCCGCCCACUGGACUGGCAUCUCCCUGCAGCAGCUCUCCCACUCGGAUCAGCAGCACCUGGCAGGCCUGGAAGAGGCGCUAGAGGCUACAGAAGCACGGAAUGACAUUUCCCCUUCCUUCUGCUGCUCUUUCCCUGCCUUGAUCCCCACGCGGAUCACAGCAGAGCACAUAGCAGCAGUGGCCGCCCACUGGACUGGCAUCUCCCUGCAGCAGCUCUCCCACUCGGAUCAGCAGCACCUGGCAGGCCUGGAAGAGGCGCUAGAGGCUACAGAAGCACGGAAUGACAUUUCCCCUUCCUUCUGCUGCUCUUUCCCUGCCUUGAUCCCCACGCGGAUCACAGCAGAGCACAUAGCAGCAGUGGCCGCCCACUGGACUGGCAUCUCCCUGCAGCAGCUCUCCCACUCGGAUCAGCAGCACCUGGCAGGCCUGGAAGAGGCGCUAGAGGCUACAGAAGCACGGAAUGACAUUUCCCCUUCCUUCUGCUGCUCUUUCCCUGCCUUGAUCCCCACGCGGAUCACAGCAGAGCACAUAGCAGCAGUGGCCGCCCACUGGACUGGCAUCUCCCUGCAGCAGCUCUCCCACUCGGAUCAGCAGCACCUGGCAGGCCUGGAAGAGGCGCUAGAGGCUACAGAAGCACGGAAUGACAUUUCCCCUUCCUUCUGCUGCUCUUUCCCUGCCUUGAUCCCCACGCGGAUCACAGCAGAGCACAUAGCAGCAGUGGCCGCCCACUGGACUGGCAUCUCCCUGCAGCAGCUCUCCCACUCGGAUCAGCAGCACCUGGCAGGCCUGGAAGAGGCGCUAGAGGCUACAGAAGCACGGAAUGACAUUUCCCCUUCCUUCUGCUGCUCUUUCCCUGCCUUGAUCCCCACGCGGAUCACAGCAGAGCACAUAGCAGCAGUGGCCGCCCACUGGACUGGCAUCUCCCUGCAGCAGCUCUCCCACUCGGAUCAGCAGCACCUGGCAGGCCUGGAAGAGGCGCUAGAGGCUACAGAAGCACGGAAUGACAUUUCCCCUUCCUUCUGCUGCUCUUUCCCUGCCUUGAUCCCCACGCGGAUCACAGCAGAGCACAUAGCAGCAGUGGCCGCCCACUGGACUGGCAUCUCCCUGCAGCAGCUCUCCCACUCGGAUCAGCAGCACCUGGCAGGCCUGGAAGAGGCGCUAGAGGCUACAGAAGCACGGAAUGACAUUUCCCCUUCCUUCUGCUGCUCUUUCCCUGCCUUGAUCCCCACGCGGAUCACAGCAGAGCACAUAGCAGCAGUGGCCGCCCACUGGACUGGCAUCUCCCUGCAGCAGCUCUCCCACUCGGAUCAGCAGCACCUGGCAGGCCUGGAAGAGGCGCUAGAGGCUACAGAAGCACGGAAUGACAUUUCCCCUUCCUUCUGCUGCUCUUUCCCUGCCUUGAUCCCCACGCGGAUCACAGCAGAGCACAUAGCAGCAGUGGCCGCCCACUGGACUGGCAUCUCCCUGCAGCAGCUCUCCCACUCGGAUCAGCAGCACCUGGCAGGCCUGGAAGAGGCGCUAGAGGCUACAGAAGCACGGAAUGACAUUUCCCCUUCCUUCUGCUGCUCUUUCCCUGCCUUGAUCCCCACGCGGAUCACAGCAGAGCACAUAGCAGCAGUGGCCGCCCACUGGACUGGCAUCUCCCUGCAGCAGCUCUCCCACUCGGAUCAGCAGCACCUGGCAGGCCUGGAAGAGGCGCUAGAGGCUACAGAAGCACGGAAUGACAUUUCCCCUUCCUUCUGCUGCUGUUGUGAGACGGCGGGGAAGAGUGGGGAAGAGGCGCUAGAGACGCGCGUGGUGGGGCAGGGGGCGGCUGUGCGGGUGAUAGCACGGGCGGUGCAGCGAGCAAGGGUGGGGUUGAAGGGGGAGGGGAGGCCGGUUGCUGCUCUGCUGUUAUCGGGGCCCACUGGGAGGGUGGUGCAGAGGGCAAGGGUGGGGCUAAAGGGGGAGGGAAGGCCGGUGGCGGCUCUGCUGUUCUCGGGGCCCACUGGGGUGGGGAAGACCGAAUUGUGCAAGGCACUGGCAGCACAUUACUAUGGAUCGGAGGAAUCCAUGAUCCGCCUAGACAUGAGCGAGUACAUGGAGCGCCACGCUGCCAGCAAGCUGAUUGGAGCGCCGCCCGGCUACGUGGGGUACGGCGAGGGCGGCAAGCUCACGGAGGCCGUCCGCAGGCGGCCGUUUUGUCUUAUUCUCCUGGACGAGAUCGAGAAGGCGCACCCGGACGUCUUUAAUCUCCUGCUGCAGAUAUUUGAAGAUGGGCGGCUGACUGACUCACAGGGCCGCCACGUGUCCUUCAAGAAUGCCCUCAUAGUCCUGACCUCCAACGUGGGCUCCCAGGCCAUUGCAAGAGGCGGCACACACCGCAUCGGCUUCCUAUCUCCAGGCGAUUAUGCGGCUGCUGAUGGGAAUGGGGGGAGAGAGGGGCGGGCGGAUGUGGGGCGGUAUGCGGGAAUGAAAGAGGUGGUGAUGGAGGAGUUGAAGGCGCAUUUCCGUCCGGAGCUGAUGAACCGGAUUGACGAGGUCGUUGUGUUCCGAGCACUUGAAAGGGAACAGAUUCGAGUGAUUGCCAACAUGAUGGUCAAGGAGUCGGCUGACCGUUUGGCCCUGAAAGGAAUCAACCUGGAAGUUUCCGAAGCACUCAUGGAGCGGAUCUGUGAGGAGGGGUAUGACAGGGCGUACGGGGCGCGCCCGCUGCGACGUGCCGUCACACGAUUGGUCGACGAUCCGAUCAGCGAGGCUGUGCUGGCAGCUGAGGGGAGCAGCAGCAGCGGCCACAACCGCCACGUCAGCAGCAGUGGCCUGUCGGAAUCCCUGCCGUCCGUUCCCUCCGUGCUGCUUCCUGUGAUCGCAGCUCACGCUGCAACAAAUGCCCCCACCCCUGCUGAUGACGCCAGUGCACCCCUUAGUGACGUCAGUGGGGUCAGGGAGGGCGUGUUUACACCUGGCGACACGGCACUGGUGGACGUGGGGGGGGAUGGGGAGCCUGUGGUGAUCCGACUGCCACGCCCUGACAUCUGUGAAAUGGGGCUGUGCCUUCCCUUCCUCAAGCUGGCUGUUCCUGCUGCUCCCACCCUCUCCCUCCCUGACUAA